GAAAUGGGAUUUUGGGAAGGGAACGGAUCGACCGCGAGCGGCUGCAGCGGCACCGCGACCACCGCGGGGCCUGGAGGAGGGAGUGGGACGCCCAGAAACCCGAGCACUUGUUCUCGGAGGUCCCGGAGGACCCGGAUGUGGGAGGGGCCCCGCCAGGCCCCGCCCCUCCCCCCCCCACCCUGGCCGAGUUCCUGCCCCUCCCCCACCGCGCGCGCAGGAGGCGGGGCCGCCAGAGGGGGGAGGGGCGGCCCUACAGUUUCCACGACGAUCGCUGGGAGCCGCAGCCAGAGCCGAACCCGGAGCCUGAGAGCCCCCAGGUCCCAGAGAAGGUUCCGGAAGGCACCAUUGCCGUCCCGGGGGGGGUCCCGGGGGGCUCCCAGGAGGACUCGGAUCAGUGGGAGGAUCUGAGCGGGGGGGACGAGGACGAGGAGGAGGAGGAGGAGGAGGAGGAGGAAGGGCAGGAGGGCCCCGAGCACAAACCAGUUCAGACCAGUGAGAACCAGCGCGAACCAGUCCAGACCAGUGAGCCCCCCGGGCCGCCCCCCCCCGCCCCUCCCCCAGCCCAGGGCGGGGUCCCGGAGCCGCCCCUCCCCCCCCCGAGCCCCUGCCGGAGCCCCCCGGAGACCCCGGAGCCAAACGGGACCCCCCCCGACGGGCCGGGGGUGGAGAUCUCGGAUUUCCAGAGGGUUCGUUUCCGAGAACCCAGCGACCCCCCCAGGUGUGACGGGGGGGGGACCCCAAAUCCCACCUGAGCCCCCCCAGGUGUGACCGGGACCCCAAAAAAUCCCAAAUUUCAUCGGGGGGGACCCCAAAAACCCCAAAAUUUCACCCGGAAGGGGACCCCAAAAAUCCCAAAUUUCACCUGGGAGGGGACCCCAAAAAUCCCAAAUUUCACAUGGGGAGGGGGGGGGUCCCCAAAUUUCCCCCCGAAGGGAUUUUGGGGUCCCCCCUCCCCAAAUUUUGUCUUUGUUGAAUAAAAGUUCCAAAAAUC